UCUAAUCUACUGUCUAGAGUUUAGAUGUCUCAUGCACCGCAGACUUAAUCGAUAAGCAUUAAGCCUGAAGUAUAAGACACUCUAACAACGCGAGGUUUUGAUAAAGCUGCGUCGCAAAUGAAAUAUGAAAGUUCUUCACAUUUUCCACUUUCUCGCGUUCAUUUCUUUCAGCGUUGCACUUCAAGAUGAAUGCAACAAGCCUCUCGGACUCGAAGAUGGACGUAUAAAAGACGCACAAUUUACAGCCCUUACAGCCUAUGACGAGAACAUUAAAGUCUAUGGCCCACAGAGGGCUCGUUUGAACCUUUCAAAGUGGCCUCAAGGUUACCGCGGAAACCCCAAAUCACAGGAGAAUUCUUGGCUAUCGGUGGAUUUUGGUCGGGGUGUGGUCAUCACCGGGAUAGCGACGCAAGGUUAUGGGGAGAGGGGUAUUCAAGAGUGGGUGACCAAGUUUAUGUUGAUGUAUUCAACACAAGAGGAUGACAAUGAGAAGACUUUGGCGCCAGCUGAUCGCAGCAGUGAAUGGGCAAGUACCUGUGAAGGGGAGGGUGGGGGCUUUUGUGCCAGCUAA